GGUAUACCAAUUCAAAACAAGUCGUGGAAAACGAUGUUGAUUUUUGUGCCUUAUCAAAGGUGAGAAAUUUUGAAUCAGAUUGAACCAACGAAAUCAACGCCAGAUGACAUCGUCUAGCAAAUCUCCUUAUACCCGUGAUAUGGAGAUCCGAAACCUGGAGCUCGUAUUGGACAUCCUGGGCGACAUACUGGAGUACAACUGGCGUAAGCUAUUUGGACUGAUUCCCCGACAAAUUACGGACAUCGAUAGGCCACCGGGGACGUAUCGCACUUUGUAUAAUGGUGCACAGGAAGAAGAAUUGGAAAACGUAGCUGCGCGCGAAAAUCUAUCCCGGGCCCGUUUACUUCUGGAGGAAUGGGGUUCCUGGGGCCGACGCGGUGAGCGACCUACUCUAGGCCACCUCCUUGAGUUGCUCACGAAGAAUAACAUGUUCUAUGAAGCGGAUAACAUCGCAGAUCUAUUGGGAGAACCCCAUCCAAAGCGACCACAUAGUGGUCCCGCUGCACCGAUCGACGUCGAGCAGUUGCUUGUAGUUAAGCUGGAAAAGGAACUCGAUGGGAUGCCUUAUCCCGAUUCAACCGCAUUUCAAUCGUUGACUAUGGAGGAAAAUCUAGAUCAUCCAUCGCCACAGAAAGGUGACAAAGUUCUCGGACUGUCGGGUAUGAUGCCGGAUUCUAUAAUCGAUGGUUCACUGCCAUCUAUAUCGAACAGUGACAAUAAUGAACAACCGGUCUCUGUGGUCGGAGAGCGACCGAUGAUCAGUGAUUUGUUGGCAGAAGCUGGGCCAUCGGGAAUGAACCGUAUUUCCAUACUAUCACUGUCUGAGAAUGCAGUGUCCUCCUCAUCUGAAGGAGUGAUCGAUGAAAGCAGUUCCACUGCAGCAAGGAGUGAAAACGUAACUGGCAACAUAAGCUACCCUAAUUUGUCAGCAUUUAGAUUCGCAGGAAAUCGAGACCUUCGAUCACCGAGGGAAAAAGAUGUAGUUCUUGAUCUGCCGAUUAGAGACAACAAUGAACUAUCGGCAUCAUUGGCUGGGGAACGACCGAUGUUAAGCGAUUUGUUGGCAGAAGCUGGACCUUCGGAUUUGAACAAUUUUCCUAUUAUUUCUUUAUUGGGCAAUACACUGUCUUCCACAUCCGAUAAUGUGAAUGAUGACAGUAGUAGUAGUAAUUCCAUUGCAAUCAAAAGUGAAAAUACACCCAGGGAAGAACUACCAACGGUACUGAACUCACACGAGUCGAACGAGUACAUUCCAGAUCUAUCAAUCUUGAGACAAGGAAGCUCAGAAUCAAGUUUGGAAUCAAGUCGCCUCGGGGAUAGCGGUGUUCCUGACAAUCAAGCAACAGCCGAACAGCAAUCAAAUGAACCCACAACGCUCAACUCCACUGUGGAUUCGGAUCUAAUUCAAUUUUCCUCGUGUGUCAGUGCAUUUUCCUCGCUCAACAGUUUCAGCUAUACAUUCCUGAAAACUGUGACGGAGGAUUUUGAUAAUCGAUGUUUUUCAAAUCGAAAUCUGAGUACACCAAACGGACGCAUGCUUGGAAAAGGUGGUUUUGGAGAAGUUUUUCUUGGCCUCAAUCUGAGUUCGGAUAUUUCCGUGGCAGCUGUUAAGCGCCUGUUACCCUCCAACUACAAAUAUCGGGAAAAGUUUGACCUCGAGCGGGACAUUCUUUCGAAAAACGUACACCCAAACAUUGUAAAGCUUAUCGGUUAUUCCGAAGACGAGUGCCUGUGUUUGAUUUACGAGUAUAUGCCAGAUGGCACUCUGGAAGUAGUAAUGGAUGCAAACAGGACAUGUCAGCUAUUGCUUCCGGCCGCAUUGCGUUUGGGUUAUCUCUGUGGAAUUGCCUCUGCCAUUGAGUAUUUGCACGAUCGGCAGGUGAUCCAUCGGGACGUAACCCUAGCGAACAUAUUGCUACAAGGCAGCACGGCAAAGUUGGGCGAUUUUGGUUUGGUGAAGCGCGUUGGCAGCGUGACUGCAACACAGGUGACGGGAACGUGGCCAUACCUGGCGCCAGAGGCUUUACGAGCGUCCGUAACUUCCGCGUUGGAUGUUUACUCGUUUGGGGUUGUUUUAGCAGAGGUUGUCACGGGGGAAAGUGUUCUGGUGUGUGGAUCACCGGAUAAUGGGGGAGAUCUUUUGGAACGCGUUAUGGACAGAGGGACAAUGUUGGGAGCAAUGAUCGAUUGUAAAGUACGAUCCGAGGAAGUUGACCGAUGGAUGAAGGCAGGUCGGGUUUUGUUGGAACUGUCCAGAUGGUGCUUGCGGGAAAGAGCCAUGCGACCUAGUGCUAGUGAGGUUUCAAGAAAGGUUAUUUCGGUGCGUGAUGGGAUGUUUCAAUAGAUCAAAUGUUUCUACUUAUUCUGUUUUACAUGAUGUACACAAACUUAUUCCGAUUCGCACAAUGUGAAUAAAAUAUACAUACGAAACGAUUCGA